AUGGAAGAGGUGAGCCGCGGACAACAGGGCGACGACUGUUGUUUCCAUUCCGUUCUUCCAGCCCAAAUCUUCCGAUCCUGCCUCUUCCUGUCCUCUUCUGUGGCCCUUCCAAGUUUUGUUUUGAAGUCUCCGACAACGAAUUUGCAGAAAAACUUCUUGUUGCGGGUCACUUCGUCACCAAGAGCAGGCGCUGAGGGCGGAGGCAAAGAAUUGCCAGACGAUGUGACAGGAUCUCCUGAGAAUCAACAAGAUGCACGACAGAUGAGUGCGCAACAAAACCAACCCCGACUUCAUUUCGAGGCAAAACUCUCUCUCCGCGAAUAA